UUAGAAAAAAAGAAAAAGAAAAUGGCAAUGUGAUUGAUUUCUCCCACUCGCUUUCGUCGGUGAAGAAACCAAAAAAACACUAACUUCGCCGCAAAGCUCACACCUUUUGAUCGAUCUUGAUUCUGGGUUUCUCCUAAAUUGGUAUCGAAUUCGAUUCAAUUGCUUCAGGAUCUCUCAACCCACAAGAACCAAUCAUGUUUUCGUUAUCCUCUUCUUCGUUGCUUCAUCCGAGUUUACACUGCCAUGGUUCUUCUUCUGGUCGGUCCAUCGCUGUACCAAGAAGGAGUCUUAUCUCGUUUCGUCGGAGAGUCUCUUGCUGUUGCAUAGCUCCACCUCAGAAUUUGGACAAUGAUGCCACUAAAUUCGAUAGUCUUUCUAAGUCAGGAGGAGGUAUGAGUAAACAACGAGAGCCUGAGAAUGAUUCUGAUGUUCUUAUUGAAUGUCGAGAUGUGUACAAAUCGUUUGGGGAGAAACAUAUCUUGAAAGGUGUUAGCUUUAAGAUUAGACAUGGCGAAGCUGUUGGGGUGAUCGGUCCUUCUGGGACUGGGAAAUCAACCAUUUUAAAGAUCAUGGCUGGUCUUCUUGCUCCAGACAAGGGAGAAGUUUAUAUACGAGGAAAAAAACGAGCUGGUUUGAUAAGUGAUGAGGAAAUAUCAGGACUUCGUAUUGGCCUGGUAUUUCAGAGUGCAGCUCUCUUUGAUUCGCUAUCAGUUCGUGAGAAUGUUGGUUUUCUACUUUAUGAAAGAUCAAAAAUGCCGGAGAAACAAAUAUCUGAGCUUGUGACACAAACCUUAGCAGCUGUUGGGUUGAAGGGGGUUGAGAAUAGAUUACCUUCUGAGCUAUCUGGUGGAAUGAAGAAAAGGGUUGCUUUAGCUCGUUCACUAAUUUUUGAUACAACGAAAAAGGUUAUAGAGCCGGAGGUAAUCCAAAGAUCUACUCAAGUUCAUGUGCUCUUGUACGACGAGCCAACUGCUGGACUCGAUCCAAUUGCAUCAACUGUAGUUGAAGAUCUUAUACGGUCUGUCCACAUGACGGAUGAGGAUGCAGUUGGAAAACCUGGAAAAAUUGCGUCUUAUCUGGUUGUAACUCAUCAACAUAGCACCAUUCAAAGAGCUGUAGACAGGUUAUUGUUUCUGUAUGAAGGAAAGAUAGUUUGGCAAGGAAUGACACAUGAAUUUACAACCUCAACUAAUCCAAUAGUUCAACAGUUUGCUACAGGCAGCCUCAAUGGACCAAUCAGAUACUAGGGGACGCAAUCAAAGGAUUGGCGAGACAUGGUUGACAUACAACAUAUGAGUACAUUGUCUGGAUUCUGCAAAUAUACCUCUGGCUUCCAUUAAGAUUUGCAAAUAGUUGACAAGAUACUUCAGUUCUUCUGGAACAAAGCUUACUUUAUCUUAGAAGCAUAGAUCAGGAAAGCAUUGUAAGUUGUGAGAUUGAACUAUAAUGCAUAAAUGAGAAUUGGGUUCAAACAAAA